GCGCAUGCAGACCAUCAGGCUGUGCAUUCUUUAGCUGGGGGCUAAUUUUCAGACAGUCCUCGACUUGGGUCUGGGUAAACAGCACCGCCCCGAUGGUUGUUUGUUUAAAGUGUGGAACGAUCCAUCGCAGAGCGCCGGGCUCGAUUGACACUGUCUGCUGAUCUGCUACUGCGGAUUGCUCAGAAUAACACGGCUGCUCGCUAAUUCCCGUCUAUCGGAGCUUUCGGCGAAACACCGAGAGAGUAGGGUCCAAAAAAAGCCAACAAGGCAGGCAAGAACCUCGCUCCGCCGGAGUCCGCACCCGAGAAUGGCUUCAGGAGACCUUUACGAGGUGGAGCGCAUCGUGGACAAGAGGCGGAACAAGAAGGGCAAGUGGGAAUACCUGAUAAGAUGGAAAGGUUAUGGCAGUAAGGAGGACACAUGGGAGCCAGAACACCACCUACUGCACUGCGAGGAAUUUAUUGACCAGUACAACAGCCUGAAACUGCAUUCACACAAACGGCCCAAGGUUCCAAAAAACCGUCAGGAGCCCCUUAUCACCAGCCAGCCAUCUGCUACAGAAAACUCCAGAGCUCGGUCUGAGGCCCGAAAGAAAAAAAGGACGUUUGGCCAAGCUGUUGGAGUUAGAGUAGGAGCUGUUCUGGGGAUGGGAAGUUCAGGGUCAGGUGGUCCCACUCAGAAGCAGAAGAAGGUGGCUGUUGGACCUGGGAAGCAUGCCUUAGGGGAUCGGAUAAGAAAAGCCAUGACGUACAAGGCUCCUCCACCGGCAGGGCAUCACUUUGUUCCUCCAAUGAGGGUCCCUCAUAACGGACUGCAGAAUGGAGACAUGGACCCUCUCAUGUACAGGACUGCAGCAAGGCCACAUAGACUCCCUUUGGACAGAGCGGAAAGAGAACUAGGAGCCAUGGAAACCACUGGACAACAGUUCACCACUGAGCUAGUGUCAGGCCCUCCUCUGGCCAACGGCAAGAUGCAUCUACACAGCUCAGUAAAGCGGAAGCUGGCCGAGGAUAAAGGCUACGUGUUCGACAAGCGGCUCAGGUAUAACGUGCGACAGAACGAGAGCAACUGUCGAUUCCGAGACAUCGUGGUCAGGAAGGAGGAAGGCUUCACUCACAUCCUGCUCUCCAGCCAAACUACAGACAACAACGCUCUGACACCAGAGAUCAUGAAGGAAUUGUGUCGAGCUCUUGGUAAUGCAGCUGCUGAUGACAGUAAAUUAUUACUGCUCAGCUCCGUGGGGACCGUCUUCUGCAGCGGCCUGGAGCCUUCGUACCUGAUAGGCCGCCUGUCCACUGACCGCAGGAAAGAGAGCAGCCGCAUCGCAGAGGCUGUCAGGGAGUUUGUGUUGGCCUUCAUCCACUUCAAGAAACCCAUCGUGGCAGCAAUAAAUGGGCCUGCCCUGGGCUUAGGGGCCUCGAUCCUGCCCCUGUGUGAUGUGGUGUGGGCCAGUGAGAGAGCCUGGUUCCAAACUCCAUGUGCCGCCCUUCACCUCACCCCCUCUGGAUGCUCCUCUUACACCUUUCCCCAGAUCCUGGGUGUAGCUCUGGCCAACGAGAUGCUGUUUUGUGGAAGAAAACUCACGGCACAAGAAGCAUGCAGUCGAGGUCUGGUGUCGCAGGUCUUCUGGCCAACCACAUUUAACCAAGAAGUGAUGCUGCGUGUGAAGGAAAUGGCAUCGUGUAAUGCAGUGGUUUUAGAAGAAUCCAAAUGCCUGGUGAGGAGCAUUAUCAUGUCAGUCCUGGAGGAGGUGAAUGAGAAGGAGUGUCAGAUGUUGAAGCAGCUCUGGUGUUCCACCAAAGGACUAGAGGCACUCUUCAGUUAUCUGCAAAACAAGACGUAUGAGAAAUGAGCACCCACACCCAGAAAACUGAUUGAUGUGGAUCAAAGGUUAUCCAUAGAGGGACAUCCUUGAUGAAAAUGUGCAGUCUCAAACUAAAGGAAAAGUUGCAUUAAGGGUCUUUGUUUCCAUCCAUCAGCAGAGGGGAUUCUCUGGAGUUCUGUUUGCUCACAUGUCUACCAACAACAACUUCCUGGUAUUCUUCUAUUGUGAAUCUACUUCUGUUAUAUAUUUAUUGGACCCAUAACUGUCCAGCUGUUUAUUGUAUAGAAAUCAAAGAGCAAAGGGCCAAAUGUGCAUUGCCUAAGUAAAGUCUGAAGGAGGUUCUUCAGGAGGUACAGUGUUUCUGUACAUAUGUGUCUUUGAAAUUGUCAGGAUGUAAGAAAUCAGUUAAUGUCUGAGAGCACAUAAAUAGGUGAUAAUAUAUAUGUUAAAAAUAUAUUUAUUGCAAUUGUGUGAAAGAGUUGCUUUCUGAAUAUAAGGAUUUUCUUUUUGUCGCUUAUUGUUUUGAAUUGAAAUCAAGGUUUUCAUGGGGAUCCUUACGUGCACAUUCCAUCCUCUCUAUUAAAGAGAAAAAUGGCCGCAAAUACUCAUAUGCUCAUACAAUCAGUGGAUCACAUUCAGUGCUUGAAUCUUCAUUAAACACUCUGGAUAAUUAAACAUACUCUUUUUUUUAUUACACUAUUCAUUGUUCAUACUGUAGAAGUCUAUUUAUCUUCAUUAAGUCUAGUCUAUUACACAGAAAACAGCCAGUAAAUGUGUUACAAUAAUCUCAUUAAAUUUGCUUCUGUCACAUGAAACCAAGAGAAGUGCUUAUGUAGUCAUGAGGCUAUAAAUAUCCUCAUUUUAUCAACAUCCAUCUGUCCUGAGUUAUUUUAUUAUUUUAUUCUAUUUAUUCAAAUAAAAUUCCAUUGAGGUUAGGAUUUCUUUGAAGGAACACUUGAAUUAAAUGCAAAUAGACAACAAUGGAAGCUUUAUGUGAAGGCUAGCACUAAGUAUACAAACAUGUCUACCCUUAAUCAGAUGGCAUCUUGAGUUGAGUACUAAAUCACUUUAUGUGAUUAAAUACAUCGUUGGCACGUGUCUCAUGAUAAACUACCAGGAUUAGUGGUGGAUUUUAUCCCAUUUAGUUUAAGCUACAUUUAGUAGCCGUGUUCAGUACUGUGUUGGCUAGUACGUAUAACAAGGCUUCCAGUUAACAAUGCAGAUAUUAUCGUUUAAAAUGUGUGAUCAUUAUGUUGAUAUGAGCUGACAGUUUUUUUUGUUGCUUGGAUGUUUAGAGCACACAAAAAAGAUGAUAAGUGUUUGGUCCUCAUGGUAAUCACAUUGUGACUACACUAAUUGUCAGUGAUCGAUAUUGUGGAAAUGCAACAGUCGUAUAGUUGGAGUCUACUUUGUCCUCAUCUGCAUGUGAGGAGUAAAGAUAAAGUACAUUUUCAAUUAAUGUACAUUAUAUGUAGGGAUCUAUUUUGUUUUACCAAAAGAAUGUAGGUUUGUGAAAAUUGUUUUGUAAAAAAAAGAAGAUAUUUGUCCCUGUUAUGCAGUAUAGAAUAAUAUAUAAUGUAGACUGCUUUGUGUGACUAAUGGCAUGUAAUAUGCUGUACAUAUCAUGUGUUGCCUGUCUGAAUACCUUGUAUGUCGGGGUAUAUUUUGUAUAAAUAUUGUAAGUAUUGUUAGAAAUGGUGUAGUUUAUUUUUCUAUUUAUUUCAAAUAACUGUUUGGAUGUGCAGUGCCAUUUUGUUUCGUUUCACCAGAAGCCCCCUUUAAUCAUCCUUUCUAAAUCAUCCCAUAAAUAACUGAACAAAAUGGGUUAAAUAAUGUAUAUUUCAAAACUAAAAAGGUGUAAAUGUAUCCUUUCAGUUGACAUUAUCAGAUUAUGUAUUUAGUUUUAAAACAUCAAAGGAAUGUCAGAUAAUAUAAUGUAUAAUAUUAGAAUGAAAAGAUAAUCAAAACAAAUAUUUUAUUUCAGAUUUAUCUAUUUGAAGCAUAUAAUAUAUAAUGCUCCACAAGGUUUGUCAAAUGGUUUUUAUUUGUCAGUUUUAUGUCAUUACAGGGAAUAAAAAGUGGUUUAAUGCAGCAUUUUAUGAUUUUUAAGUCAUUCAGUACUCAAAUAAAAUUAACAAAAAACAACACGCUUUCACUUAAGAUCUAAAAACAACACUUGUAGUUGAAUAAAGUAACUUGGCUAAAAACACGCAGUUUGGCAGUUAUUUGACCAAAGACUUCAUUACUAAUUGACUUCUUCGACAUUGUGUUAGUCUGGUUUAAAAUCACACUUAUUUCUCUGUUUUUUUUUGCUUGGCUUUGGAAUCCCAAGACGAUGAGAGGGAUCUGUGUAAUGUGGCUACUGAAUGCAAAUGACUCAGGUCCACUGAACGUAACUCACACUGUUCCUUUGAGACAUGGGUGUUUAUGUGGGCGGUGGUGGCGAAGUCCAUGGGGACUUUGCUUGGCAACUGGAAGGUCACCAGUUCAAGUCCAGGCAAGACCAAGUGCUACCGAGGUGUCCCUGAGCAAGGCACCGUUCCCUACACUGCUCCCCGGGCGCCGUUCAUAAUGGCAGCCCACUGCUCCUAACACUAGGAUGGGUCAAAUGCAGAGAAACCAUUUCAUUACAUAGUACCUGUACUGUGUAAUGACAAUAAAAGUGCAAACAUUUGUGAAAUUAAUUAAUUACAUUUGUGAAACUUUAGUUGUAAAACACAUCUCUUUACUUGUUUUGAACUAUAUGUUUCUGUUUUAGACAUUGGAUCCAAAUUCUCCCCUUAGCUUGUUUUUGAAGUGUGAUUGAUUACAAAACUUGAAGUAACUAAGUUAUUACUAAAAAGAACAACUCAUAUUUGCUCCAUUAUUUAUUGCAAAUGACUGUGUUUUGACAGGCUUCUGUGCUUCUGUCUUUUAUAACCACAAUAUCAUAUAUUGGCCCAUGUAUCUCUAUUUUGACAUGUUUUUUUCUUUCUCCAAACAUUGUCUCAAAGCACACCUUGGGGUGCCUUACAAUAUAAAUAUCUGUCAAGGAUGUAUCCAUGCGUUGUAAAGGUUGAGCUGAUUCAAAUAAAGAAACAGUGCUUUCACAA